CGCUCAUGACGUAACGGGGUAGUAACCCUUGUGAGUUUUCCCCUAUUAAAUUAAAUCACAACGACGUUUGCAGUGACUAGUCAAUGGUUUCCCACUAACCCUAUUCAAGCUUGCGACUCCAUUCACGCACUUUUUACCCCCCGAGGAUGUGUUAUGAUAUUUCAUUGUAGCUGACACCUCGGCCAGACACAUUUUAAGCGGACACGGACAGGUCGGCGGCGGAGGGCACAGCUGACAUAAACUGAGACAAUGGAAGAUCCGUGGCAAGUAUGUAUGGAUUAUGCAACACAUGUAGCUAGGAAAGCUGGUGAGAUGAUUAGAGCAGCAUUAAAAAAUGAAAUGACCGUAAUGCUUAAGAGUUCUCCAGCAGACCUUGUUACUGAAACUGACCAGAAGGUGGAGUCAAUGAUCAUCUCUUCUAUUAAAGAGAAGUUUCCUAGUCACAGUUUUAUUGGGGAGGAGUCUGUUGCAGCUGGUGUCAAGAGCACAUUCACGGAUAACCCCACUUGGAUAAUUGAUCCCAUUGAUGGAACUACAAACUUUGUGCACAGAUUUCCGUUUGUGGCUGUGUCGAUUGGCUUUGCUGUCAAGAAAGAGUUGGAGUUUGGCAUUGUUUAUAGUUGUGUUGAAGAUAAGAUGUACACUGGGAGGAAGGGGAAAGGAGCCUUUUGUAAUGGGCAACCCUUGAAGGUGUCGGAGCAGCAAGAUAUAACUAAAUCCCUUAUACUUACUGAAUUGGGUUCUAGUCGAACUCCAGAAGUAAUGAAAACAAUACUGUCCAAUAUGGACCGGCUGCUGAGCAUUCCAGUUCAUGGACUUCGAGCAGUUGGCUCUGCAGCGGUUAACAUGUGCCUUGUGGCCACAGGGGCGGUCGAGGCCUAUUAUGAGAUUGGAAUUCAUUGCUGGGACAUUGCAGCAGGAGCUGUGAUUGUUCAAGAAGCAGGUGGAAUUGUUAUGGAUGUAAACGGUGGACCACUGGAUUUGAUGUCCAGAAGAAUAAUAGCAGCCAACAGCCAAGCCAUUGGACAACGAAUUGCUAAAGAGAUCCAAGUGUUUUCAUGUGAGAGGGAUGAUGCAGAAUAACGGGAUCAUCUGAGAUUUUGCAGUUAACUGUAAUGAAAAAUAUAAAAGGCACGGCCUCAGGCUCUAGGUAACUUACCAGAGUUCAGUCCAGCUUGGGGUCAAAUGAUUAGGAGAAAAUCAUCCCCAUGUCAAUGUUUGCCACUUUUAUUCAUAAUAAAAGUAUUGUUUUUAA